UUGCAGAGAUUUUGAAUGAAAUGGGUAUAAUUGAUAAUGAUAAAAAAGAUAUAUCAUCUAGCACGAAUUCAAAAAAACGAAGCAAGAAAAAUAGAAAGAAGAACCAAAAUAAAAAGCAUGUGGACAAGAAUAAAGUGAAUAACGGCAAAAAUACUGCGCAAUAUCUCGAAAGUGAUGUUGAGGACAAAACUAAAAAUAACCAGAGUUUAAAUAAUAAAAUAGGUGAAAGUUUUCAAGCGGAUAGAAAUUUUAAUGAAGAUAACGUUGAAAAUGUUGAGGAUAAUGAAGGUUGGGUUCUGAAUAAAAAGGAUGAGAUGAAACAGAGAAAGGAAGAGAAGAAAAGGAAGAUGGAAGAGGAAGAAAGAUUAGAACGGCUUAACAAAUUGAAAGGAAAGGAUAUUGCAGAUAAAAUUUCAUUUUCAUUUAAUAAUAUUAAGAAAAUGAACUAUAAGGAAUAUUAUGAUGCCGAAAUGAAGAAGAAUAAUUUGAAUAAUGAAAGCAUAAUUGAAAAUAAAAUAAAAAUAAAUGAGGAUUUGGAAAAAAUAGACAACUCAAAGGAAAUUAAAGAUAGAAAACUAUUUGUAAAUCCAGCAAUCAGUUUCAAGUCAAUUCUUGAUAAAAAGGAUUCGAGAAAUGUAUUGAGUGAGAAUAGUAAAUUGAAGGAGGGAAAUGAAGAAAGCAAGUGCGAAAAGGAAGAUAAAUUUAAAAAUGAUGAAAAGGAGGACAAGGCUCUUGUUUCUUCAAAUAAAAUCGUUAAUUCAUCAAAAUUUUCUCCUUUCACUCCAAUUAAAUAUUUAGAGGAGGAUGCAUUAAAUGAAAGAUAUAUGAGAUUUAUUUCAAAUAAUGAAGAUCCUAGGAAGAUUAUUCCAUCUUUAGACAUUGGAGUUAUUAAUGAAGAAUAA